AUGAAAUCGCUAAAGCUUGCAAAGAAUGGGGAUUUUUGGAGGCUUGAAUCUCUGGUGAACCAUGGGAUCUCAUUGGACAUUCUUGACAAAGUGAAGAAGCUAAGCUUAGAUUGCUACAAAACCGAGAGAGAAGAAGCAUUCAAGACCUCAAAUCCAAUGAAGUUACUCGACGAAUUGGUUAAAAGAAACUCCGGGGAAGAACUUGAACACAUCGAUUGGGAAGACGUUUUCCUUCUUUUAGACCAUAACCAAAACGAAUGGCCAUCCAACACCUAUGGCCUCAAGUAA